CAAUCUUCUCCAUCUUCAGCCUUGGUCAAAAGUUAGCGUCUUCUUCUAUUGUCUGGAACUUCAAAACCCUAGCGCAAAACCCUCAUCGACUCUACACUAGUCAGAUUAGAUAUAUAGACACGAGAAAUGUUUGGAGGGAGACUCAAAGAGCUGUUGAAGAAGUAUGGAAAAGUAGGAUUGGGAGUUCACUUCUCAGUCUCGGCGGCCUCCAUCACCGGCCUUUAUGUAGCCAUCAAGAACAAUGUGGACGUGGAGUCCAUGCUCGAGAAAGUGGGCAUGCCCAGCCUCUCCAAACCCAGCGAAGAAGAAGAAUUGCCGUCACGAAACCCGGAACUGAUCAGCGAUGACCCGAUUCGCGACCCGCCGAAGAUUAGGAAUCGGACUGCUGAUCUGGUGGCUUCCACCGGCGGCGCUCUCACUCUCGCCGUCCUGCUCAACAAAGCCCUGUUUCCCGUCCGGGUUCCGAUCACGAUCGCUCUUACUCCCCCGGUCGCUAGGUUUCUUGCAAGACGGAAUAUUAUCAAGAAUAGUGUAUGAUCUUUUUGUUUGUAUCCUUCUUUCCUUCCUUUUAAUUAAUAAUGUCAGUCUCUCUUGUUCAUCUCAUAUUCUGAUAGCGUAUACUGAUUGGUUGUACGAACAUGAUCUUGUUUGAUCAAGGAAAUUAAUCAUCACAUCUUUUUAUAUAUAAACAUGUGAACAUUUUCGACUUUUAAA